AAAGACAGUAAAGUUAGUUUAUGACCGGAAAAAUAUAAUGCUGGCUUUCUCAUGGAGCUUCAGAACCCGAUUUCAAAAGGAUCAUACAGAUAGGAAAUAAAAUUUAGCAUGGUGGACUGCUCUACAGGAUAUACAUGUCAAUGGAAUUUUUGCACAUGUCGUACUACUAACAUGAGAAAAAAAUGAUUAUUGUUGAUUUGAAGCUUGAAAAAUGAGCAGGCAGAGUUGUUGGAUUUGCAAGAUGUGCAAAGAUGAAUCUAAGAGGCUCCCAUCAAACAUUACUUUGGAGGAAGUGUUACAGUGGGCCCAGUCUUUUGAAAAGCUGAUGGCUACAAAAUAUGGUCCAGUAGUCUAUGCAGCAUACUUAAAAAUGGAGCACAGUGACGAGAAUAUUAAAUUCUGGAUGGCAUGUGAAACCUAUAAGAAAAUUGCCUCGCGGUGGAGCAGAAUUUCUAGGGCAAAAAAGCUUUAUAAGAUUUACAUCCAGCCACAGUCCCCUAGAGAGAUUAACAUUGACAGUUCAACAAGAGAGACUAUCAUCAGGAAUAUUCAAGAACCCACUGAAACGUGUUUUGAAGAGGCUCAAAAGAUAGUGUAUAUGCACAUGGAAAGGGACUCCUAUCCCAGGUUUCUAAAGUCAGAAAUGUACCAGAAACUUCUGAAGACUAUUCAGCCCAACAACAAUUCCUAACUACUGUUCAAAAGUUUAAAUUGAAGAAGAUCUACAUUUUCAAACUCUGGAGAUAUACAAGAUAAGCCUUCAUUGUAUCUGCAUAAAAAUAAAACCUUAUCUUCUCCAAAGAAGAUAGUGACAGAGAUUUGUACAAUUCAGAUUCAAACAUCUUGGCAGAGAUGAACACUUUCCUAUUUAUAAUUCAUCAG